AUGGUGCUCACUCCGCAAAACGUGGGCGCAAAGGGCGUUCCCUACUUCAUCCCCGUCCAGGACCCCCCGGCUGGCACGGCCAAGCUGCCUGAGAAUGGCAAGCUGCCAAAGCUGUUCACCCCGCUGAAGAUCCGGGGGGUCACACUGCCCAACCGGGUCUGGGUCAGCCCGAUGUGCCAGUACAGCGGAAAAGAGGGCUUCACCGGCCCCUGGCACUUUGUCCACUACGGUGCCCUGACCACACGCGGCGAACAGCCUGGAUUCACCAUGACAGAGGUUGCUGCCGUUGCCGACAUUGGCCGCCUCACGCCCGAAGACCUUGGCAUCUGGCUGGACGCCCACAUCAAGGGUUUGCGCAAGAUUGGUGGCUGGACGGAUCGCGUGGUCGGACCCGACGGCCGCCCGUUUUCCGACUCGCCCGAUGACACGAUCGUGCCACACGCCCUGACCCUGGCCGAGAUCGCCCAGAUUCGCAAGCAGUUUGUCGUCGGCGUCCAGCGCGCCGUCCUAGCCGGUUUCGACAUCAUCGAGCUGCACUUCGCCCAUGGCUACCUCGUGUCCAGCUUCAUGUCGCCAGCUACGAACCAGCGCACUGAUCAGUAUGGCGGCAGCUUCGAGAACCGCGUCCGGCUUGCCCUCGAGAUCGUCGAGGACGUCCGCGCCGUGCUGCCCGAUUCCACGCCGCUGUUUGUGCGCAUCAGCGCGACUGACUGGCUGCAUAAAAACCCCGACUACCACGGUGCCAACUGGAACGUCGAGGAGAGCGCCCAGCUGGCCGUCCUGCUGGCUGAUCGAGGUGUCGAUGUCUUGGACGUCUCCUCCGGUGGCAUCCACAUCGCCCAGAACGUCAAAUCCAGCCCGGCCUACCAGACCCCACUCGCCAAGCACAUCAAGAAGGUCGUUGGCGACCGCCUGCUUGUCAGCACCGUUGGCAGCAUUCGCAGCGCCAAGGCUGCCGAAGAAAUCCUUAACGGCGGCAAGGACGCUGAGGACCCGCCUCUCGACCUUGUUGCUCUAGGCCGUCCUUUCCAGAAGAACCCUGGGGUCGUCUGGGAAUGGGCUUCUGAGCUGGAGACUCGUGUCAAAGUGGCCAGUCAGAUUGGUUGGGGCUUUGGUUUGAGCUCGUUUUGA